GCCAGGGAUCGACGAAAUCCCAGCCCUCAGAUAGUCCGAUCAGCGAGGCCCGGGGGGUGUACCCAAUGUCGCAGCCGCGUCGCGUUGCGAACUCUACGCCGCCCCACCGCACGUUAGAAUUCUAUGGGCGACGCGGUCCUCUUCUCCACUCUUCCUUAUGCGUCUUCUUCUUCCUCUUAAGCUCCAUUUCUCUCCCCCUCCAAAAGGAAAAUCUUGGCAGCUCAUCGUUAGAUAAAUCUCGAUAUUUCCCCAAUAGAAAGGGUUUUAGGGUUCGAUGGAGAUGCAGGUGGAGUCGGAGGUGCAGCGGGACGGGGAGCCGAAUCCGAAGGAUUCCGACCCUCUCCUCGAGAAGAAGGACGACUCGUCGUCGGGGACUUCGGACGAGAUAAAGGACGAGGAGAUCGAGGCUUCUUCCUCUGCGUGCUGCCGUAUCUGCCUCGAGAACGACUCCGAGCCAGGUGAUGAGUUAAUAUCUCCAUGCAUGUGCAAAGGCACUCAACAAUUUGUUCACCGUACAUGCCUUGAUCAUUGGCGCUCAGUGAAGGAAGGAUUUGCCUUCUCUCACUGCACAACAUGCAAGGCACAAUUCCAUCUUCGAGUAGAACAGUUCAAGGAUUACUCUUGGCGUAAAAUGAAAUUCCGCAUCUUUGUAGCCAGGGAUGUAUUUCUUGUGUUUCUUGCUGUGCAAAGCGUCAUUGCUGCUAUUGGUGGAUUUGCGUAUUUCUUGGACAGGAAUGGGAGCUUCAGAAAUUCCUUCAGUGUUGGUUGGGACCGCAUACUGUCAAAGCAUCCGAUACCCUUCUAUUACUGCAUAGGUGUAUUGGUAUUCUUCGUGCUGCUGGGAUUUUUCGGGCUGAUACUGCACUGCUCAUCCUUCAAUACCAAUGAUCCCUUCAUGGUAGGAUGCCGUAACUGUUGCUAUGGUUGGGGCAUCCUGGACUGCUUCCCAGCUUCAAUAGAGGCUUGCUUUGCUCUGGCAGUCAUCUUUGUCAUUGUGUUUGUCAUCCUAGGCAUUGCCUAUAGCUUCCUCGCAGCGACCAUUACCAUCCAGAGAAUCUGGCAGAGACAUUAUCACAUCCUUACCAAGAGGGAACUCACAAAGGAAUAUGCGGUAGAAGACCUCCAUGGGUGUUACACACCCCCAAAGCUGGAUCCUGAACAUGAAGAACGCCUAAGAUUGCUCAAGCUUCUCUAGAGGCAAUUGUGUUGGUUGAAGUCAGGAGCAUCACUGCACCUUUUUGAAGUUGCUAUUAUCACCUGGGUAACCAUGACUGGAGUGUGUGGUUUCUUUUUUCCUUCAUCAUGAGGACUUAAUGGUACAAUCCUCCUAGAGUAUAUAUUUCAUAUUUUGACUCCUGAAGGUGUAAUGGCUGUGUGCAGCAGGACGUGGAUAGCUGAGGUGGUAAAAGCCAUAGCAGGGUUGUGCAGGUUCUAUGUAUAUUGCCUGCUAGCAUCUCAUCAUCUCUGUAGACUGUAGAACUGAGAAGCAUGUAUAGGAGGUUGAUGUAUCAAAUUGAGAACUUGCUCCCAUGCAAGCAUUGAUGUACACCAUCCAUGUCGUGUCCGUUACCUUAUGCCUCAGGCCAGCAUAAUAGAUAUGGAAGCUGCUGACACCAAGAUGCCAAGCAGGGGAGCCUGGUGUUUGGUGCCCUCUGUUGUGACCA